GAGUAUGGAGGAUUCUGAAAAGAUGGGGACACCCGAUGUGCACGGAAUUCGAUGAACACUGACUUCAGACUGUUGUAACAGGCAAUAAGCAGUGUAUUGAAACCUGAUAAGCUUCAUCGGGCAUUUCGGAGGGGAAAUCUUGGGAAUUUUUCAUACUAUUGAAAGAAAAUUGCUUGAAACCAGAGUCAUCAUCAUGAAAGUGACAUCAGCGUUUGUCUUGCUGCUAAGUUUUCUGAACUCUUUUCAUUGCACCACCAUGCCACAACAUACUGAUGUGGUUCUCUUUGGAGCUCUGGGAGAUUUGUCCAGGAAAUAUCUGUGGCAGAGCUUUUUUCAGCUGUACUUGAAAGAACAAAAUGAGAACAAAACAUUCUCUUUUUAUGGCAUUUCAAGGGAUGCUCAAAAAGAGGGUUCACAGAAGUUAACCAAACUUCUAGAUGAUGUAAACUGUGAAGGAGAUAUAAGCUUAGUUUGUGGGUUGAAAUUGUUAGAAUUUAGACAACUUGUUACCUAUGUCCAACUUAAAACAGAUGAACAGUUUGAUAGCUUUGGUAAACAUAAAUUAAAAAACAGUCCGGAAAACUCAGACUUUGUCUUAGGAAGAAUAUUCUAUUUAGCCAUUCCACCAAAUGUUUACUCAUCUGUUGCUGCUAGACUUUCAUCUUGUUGUAAGCUCAAAAGAAGUCAUGCAUGGUCGAGGCUGGUUCUGGAGAAGCCAUUUGGCAGUGAUCUGCAGUCUGCCCUCUCUAUGGCCAGGGACAUUGGGAAACAUUUCAAGGAGGAAGAAAUAUACAGAGUGGAUCACUAUCUGGCAAAAUCAGUGGUCCGACAAAUUCUUCCAUUUAGGAACCGAAACUUCAACCAUUUGGAAACAAUUUUGAAUAAUGAACAUGUGGAAAGAAUUGAAAUAGCAAUGAAAGAAACAGUUGACAGCAAAGGUAGAAUAGAAUUCUAUGACAAAUAUGGUGUGAUCCGAGAUGUCAUGCAAAAUCAUAUGACGGAGUUACUGGCCUUGGUGGCUAUGGAACUCCCAAAUAAUCACCAUAAUGACUUUGACAGCAAUAAAAACAAAUUAUUAUCACAAGUUAAAGAAGUGAAAGAAGAACAUGUAUUAACUGGACAGUAUUCAAGAUAUUUACACCAUGCAGAACAAGAAAAGGCGAAUAUAUCCCUCUCUAUGUAUACACCAACAUUUGCAGCAUCAUUAUUAAGCAUUGAUUCUCCUCGUUGGAAUGGUGUCCCAAUAAUCAUGAUCUCAGGAAAAGCUUUGGACGAAAGGUCCAGUUAUAUUAGGAUUAAAUUCAAAGAUUCCGUAAUGUGUGUGUGUGGAUGCAAAUCAUUUAAUGUCUCUCAACAUGGUGCUAGACAAAUUAUUUUCCAAAUAAAUCCUGGAAGCUUGCCCACUGUUGGUAUACUUGUGUCUAAGAAUCUCUUUUCUCCUCAUUUAACCGAGGGUCUGGAAGAUAUGGUGGUCACCUCUCAGGAAUCUUUUGUAUUUGGACAAAGCUUAAAUGAGUUUUACUUUUCAAUUCCAAAAGCAAAUGAAAAUGCCUAUGUGACAGUGGUAAGGGACCUGUACAGAGGAGACAAGAAGAGUUUUGUGACAACAGAGGGCCUGGAACAUUUAUGGCAUAUAUGGAGUUCAGUGAUAGAAGAAACCAAACAUAGACACCCAAAGCUGUAUCUAGAAAACAAUGACAUUUCUCUUAAUUUUGGAUAUAGUAAUGGUAUGUUAAGGUAUGUAGAACAGGAGAGUAGUUUAGUUGCAGAUGAAUUUUCAGAGAGAGAAAGACUCUCAGUAUCCUCUCUUCCAUCUCACUUUCUUGGCCAUAUGUUGCUUGUUAAACCAGAUGUGCAGUUGUACAAAUCUCUAGCAGAGAAAAUUAAUGAUGUUGCAAAGACUACUGUGGCCAAAGCUGGGAUUUUCCAUCUUGCUCUGUCAGGUGGGUCCAGUUCUAUUCAGCUCUACAGAGCAAUACUCAAACAUUUCCCGAAAUUUCCAUGGAGAUGGACUCACAUUUGGCAAGUUGAUGAACGGUGUGCGCAAUACCAUGACCAACUGUCAAAUUUCAAAACAAUUGAUGAAGAGUUGUUACAGAAUGUUAGAAUUCCAUAUGGUAACAUUCAUCCUAUGGUAGACUAUAGUGUUGAAAAUGUGUGCUCUACUGGAAGUGUUGAACGUUAUAAGGCAGCUCUUGUGCAUUUUGUUUCCAAGCUGGAACUUGACUUUAUCAUUUUGGGAAUGGGACAGGAUGGACACACUGCAUCACUUUUUCCCAAAUCAGGGCUGCUGAAAGACAAUGAAAACUUGGUUGCCAUGACAACAAACGAAUCUAGCGUGAAAAGAAUGACACUUUUAUUUUCUAUAUUGAACAAAGCUAGACACACCGCUGUCAUAGUGAGUGGUCAUAAAAAGCAUGAUAUAGUGGACUCUCUUGCUGGAAGUGAAAAGAAAAAUGUAAAUGAUUAUCCUAUUUUGGGGGUCAAUUCUCAAACUGGAAAUGUCACAUUUUAUAUUGAUAAUGAUGCAUGGUUUGGAAAAUAAAUGAAAUUGAUUUAAAAUGAA